AUGCAGAACUUAACAGUAGAACCAAACGAGCUGUUGCGACACCAGCAGCAUCGUUUUCAGUCGCAGCAGCGCGAUCAGUGCCGUAAGCCCGAGCCUAACGGCUCAAUUCCCGCCGCGGUUCCACAUCGCACCAACGGACGCCCGCUCUCCCUGCCACGUGUCUUCUCCGGCCGGCUGGAACACCUCAGCAUCCCGUCGUCCCCGAGUGCCACGUCAGCCAGUGGUCGGAGCCCCGCUCAGCUGUUGCGGGGGGAUGGCGCACCUCGUGCGGAUGGGGGCAGCGCGGACGAGGGGGGGUGGGCGGACGAACACGCGGGUUGCGCGGCCGGGUCGGGGCUAUGGCGCGCGCACGACCGAAGCUGGGAAAGGGGGAAGAGGCGCGGGGAGGAGGAAACGUGUCGACUCGCCGAGGGAACUACGGAGAACCUCAGUGGACGGGGAAAUAGCCAUGACGGCCAGGGAAGGGAAGCGAAUCAGCCCGAGGAUAGCGACGAUAGCGUUGACGAACACGACGUAGCUCGCGUUGACCGGCCCAACGAUGCUGCGCUAUCCGGCUGUGCCGAUGGUGGCGAUGUUGCCGCUGCUAUUGACGUGAGAAAUGGGAACAGCUGUAGCAGCGGCAGCUCCUGUGGUAACGACGUUACGCGCACCGACAUGGCUGGCGGCAAGGCGCCGGCGAUGAAUCGAGUGUUCGUCGACAGACUGGGGCAUUUAGCCAUCCCCUCGCCGCGCUUUCCCCCGGAUACUCCCGACUCCGCCUCCCAUCCCGCCCAGCGCGACACUCCCCUGACCACCUCCCCUUAUACCACGAUUUCCGCCUCCCCUUGCGUUUCCACCGCCGUCGCCGUCGCCGCGGUCGGCAAGGCGGUCGCCGCCACAAGCACCGCCUCCGCCGCUGCCGCCGUAGGCACGACGGCGUCCCCGUCGCUGCCGGCCCUCGUCUCCGCCUCUUCCACCCCCUCCUCGUCCCUUGCACCCACCCCCUCCGCUCCGCUCCCGCCUCCUCCCGUUCCCCACUCGCCUUCCACUCUCGCAUCCACAGACCCACGGGUCGUAUCCUCAGAUAACACCUGCCCAGAUGCUACCUCCCUCAAACUCGGCUGUUCGGAAACCGAUCCUAGUCAGCCUUCAUCCCAGCAAUCCGCGCCGUCUCCCAAGGACAACUCCGCAGUCAGCGGCGGAAGCGGCGGCGGCAAGGGCGCAUGCACGUGGGCGGAUCUAUCUCCGCUGCUGGCAAGCCCGCACCCGUUGAUGCAGCAGCUCGCGGAGUCGAGCCCUGGGAGCGGCGAAAGGGGAAGGGAGCGGAGCCAGGAGCGGCUGCUGGUGGCCAUGUCGUCACUAGCGCGGCUGAAAGAGGAGGAGCCAGCUGACGCAGCAGCAGCAGCAGCAGCAGCAACAGCAGCAGCAGCAGCAGCAGCAGCAGCAGCAGCAGCAGCAGCAGCAGCAGCAGCAGCAGCAGCAGCAGCAGCAGCAGCAGCAGCAGCAGCAGCAGCAGCAGCAGCAGCAGCAGCAGCAGCAGCAGCAGCAGCAGCAGCAGCAGCAGCAGCAGCAGCAGCAGCAGCAGCAGCAGCAGCAGCAGCAGCAGCAGCAGCAGCAGCAGCAGCAGCAGCAGCAGCAGCAGCAGCAGCAGCAGCAGCAGCAGCAGCAGCAGCAGCAGCAGCAGCAGCAGCAGCAGCAGCAGCAGCAGCAGCAGCAGCAGCAGCAGCAGCAGCAGCAGCAGCAGCAGCAGCAGCAGCAGCAGCAGCAGCAGCAGCAGCAGCAGCAGCAGCAGCAGCAGCAGCAGCAGCAGCAGCAGCAGCAGCAGCAGCAGCAGCAGCAGCAGCAGCAGCAGCAGCAGCAGCAGCAGCAGCAGCAGCAGCAGCAGCAGCAGCAGCAGCAGCAGCAGCAGCAGCAGCAGCAGCAGCAGCAGCAGCAGCAGCAGCAGCAGCAGCAGCAGCAGCAGCAGCAGCAGCAGCAGCAGCAGCAGCAGCAGCAGCAGCAGCAGCAGCAGCAGCAGCAGCAGCAGCAGCAGCAGCAGCAGCAGCAGCAGCAGCAGCAGCAGCAGCAGCAGCAGCAGCAGCAGCAGCAGCAGCAGCAGCAGCAGCAGCAGCAGCAGCAGCAGCAGCAGCAGCAGCAGCAGCAGCAGCAGCAGCAGCAGCAGCAGCAGCAGCAGCAGCAGCAGCAGCAGCAGCAGCAGCAGCAGCAGCAGCAGCAGCAGCAGCAGCAGCAGCAGCAGCAGCAGCAGCAGCAGCAGCAGCAGCAGCAGCAGCAGCAGCAGCAGCAGCAGCAGCAGCAGCAGCAGCAGCAGCAGCAGCAGCAGCAGCAGCAGCAGCAGCAGCAGCAGCAGCAGCAGCAGCAGCAGCAGCAGCAGCAGCAGCAGCAGCAGCAGCAGCAGCAGCAGCAGCAGCAGCAGCAGCAGCAGCAGCAGCAGCAGCAGCAGCAGCAGCAGCAGCAGCAGCAGCAGCAGCAGCAGCAGCAGCAGCAGCAGCAGCAGCAGCAGCAGCAGCAGCAGCAGCAGCAGCAGCAGCAGCAGCAGCAGCAGCAGCAGCAGCAGCAGCAGCAGCAGCAGCAGCAGCAGCAGCAGCAGCAGCAGCAGCAGCAGCAGCAGCAGCAGCAGCAGCAGCAGCAGCAGCAGCAGCAGCAGCAGCAGCAGCAGCAGCAGCAGCAGCAGCAGCAGCAGCAGCAGCAGCAGCAGCAGCAGCAGCAGCAGCAGCAGCAGCAGCAGCAGCAGCAGCAGCAGCAGCAGCAGCAGCAGCAGCAGCAGCAGCAGCAGCAGCAGCAGCAGCAGCAGCAGCAGCAGCAGCAGCAGCAGCAGCAGCAGCAGCAGCAGCAGCAGCAGCAGCAGCAGCAGCAGCAGCAGCAGCAGCAGCAGCAGCAGCAGCAGCAGCAGCAGCAGCAGCAGCAGCAGCAGCAGCAGCAGCAGCAGCAGCAGCAGCAGCAGCAGCAGCAGCAGCAGCAGCAGCAGCAGCAGCAGCAGCAGCAGCAGCAGCAGCAGCAGCAGCAGCAGCAGCAGCAGCAGCAGCAGCAGCAGCAGCAGCAGCAGCAGCAGCAGCAGCAGCAGCAGCAGCAGCAGCAGCAGCAGCAGCAGCAGCAGCAGCAGCAGCAGCAGCAGCAGCAGCAGCAGCAGCAGCAGCAGCAGCAGCAGCAGCAGCAGCAGCAGCAGCAGCAGCAGCAGCAGCAGCAGCAGCAGCAGCAGCAGCAGCAGCAGCAGCAGCAGCAGCAGCAGCAGCAGCAGCAGCAGCAGCAGCAGCAGCAGCAGCAGCAGCAGCAGCAGCAGCAGCAGCAGCAGCAGCAGCAGCAGCAGCAGCAGCAGCAGCAGCAGCAGCAGCAGCAGCAGCAGCAGCAGCAGCAGCAGCAGCAGCAGCAGCAGCAGCAGCAGCAGCAGCAGCAGCAGCAGCAGCAGCAGCAGCAGCAGCAGCAGCAGCAGCAGCAGCAGCAGCAGCAGCAGCAGCAGCAGCAGCAGCAGCAGCAGCAGCAGCAGCAGCAGCAGCAGCAGCAGCAGCAGCAGCAGCAGCAGCAGCAGCAGCAGCAGCAGCAGCAGCAGCAGCAGCAGCAGCAGCAGCAGCAGCAGCAGCAGCAGCAGCAGCAGCAGCAGCAGCAGCAGCAGCAGCAGCAGCAGCAGCAGCAGCAGCAGCAGCAGCAGCAGCAGCAGCAGCAGCAGCAGCAGCAGCAGCAGCAGCAGCAGCAGCAGCAGCAGCAGCAGCAGCAGCAGCAGCAGCAGCAGCAGCAGCAGCAGCAGCAGCAGCAGCAGCAGCAGCAGCAGCAGCAGCAGCAGCAGCAGCAGCAGCAGCAGCAGCAGCAGCAGCAGCAGCAGCAGCAGCAGCAGCAGCAGCAGCAGCAGCAGCAGCAGCAGCAGCAGCAGCAGCAGCAGCAGCAGCAGCAGCAGCAGCAGCAGCAGCAGCAGCAGCAGCAGCAGCAGCAGCAGCAGCAGCAGCAGCAGCAGCAGCAGCAGCAGCAGCAGCAGCAGCAGCAGCAGCAGCAGCAGCAGCAGCAGCAGCAGCAGCAGCAGCAGCAGCAGCAGCAGCAGCAGCAGCAGCAGCAGCAGCAGCAGCAGCAGCAGCAGCAGCAGCAGCAGCAGCAGCAGCAGCAGCAGCAGCAGCAGCAGCAGCAGCAGCAGCAGCAGCAGCAGCAGCAGCAGCAGCAGCAGCAGCAGCAGCAGCACAGCAGCAGCAGCAGCAGCAGCAGCAGCAGCAGCAGCAGCAGCAGCAGCAGCAGCAGCAGCAGCAGCAGCAGCAGCAGCAGCAGCAGCAGCAGCAGCAGCAGCAGCAGCAGCAGCAGCAGCAGCAGCAGCAGCAGCAGCAGCAGCAGCAGCAGCAGCAGCAGCAGCAGCAGCAGCAGCAGCAGCAGCAGCAGCAGCAGCAGCAGCAGCAGCAGCAGCAGCAGCAGCAGCAGCAGCAGCAGCAGCAGCAGCAGCAGCAGCAGCAGCAGCAGCAGCAGCAGCAGCAGCAGCAGCAGCAGCAGCAGCAGCAGCAGCAGCAGCAGCAGCAGCAGCAGCAGCAGCAGCAGCAGCAGCAGCAGCAGCAGCAGCAGCAGCAGCAGCAGCAGCAGCAGCAGCAGCAGCAGCAGCAGCAGCAGCAGCAGCAGCAGCAGCAGCAGCAGCAGCAGCAGCAGCAGCAGCAGCAGCAGCAGCAGCAGCAGCAGCAGCAGCAGCAGCAGCAGCAGCAGCAGCAGCAGCAGCAGCAGCAGCAGCAGCAGCAGCAGCAGCAGCAGCAGCAGCAGCAGCAGCAGCAGCAGCAGCAGCAGCAGCAGCAGCAGCAGCAGCAGCAGCAGCAGCAGCAGCAGCAGCAGCAGCAGCAGCAGCAGCAGCAGCAGCAGCAGCAGCAGCAGCAGCAGCAGCAGCAGCAGCAGCAGCAGCAGCAGCAGCAGCAGCAGCAGCAGCAGCAGCAGCAGCAGCAGCAGCAGCAGCAGCAGCAGCAGCAGCAGCAGCAGCAGCAGCAGCAGCAGCAGCAGCAGCAGCAGCAGCAGCAGCAGCAGCAGCAGCAGCAGCAGCAGCAGCAGCAGCAGCAGCAGCAGCAGCAGCAGCAGCAGCAGCAGCAGCAGCAGCAGCAGCAGCAGCAGCAGCAGCAGCAGCAGCAGCAGCAGCAGCAGCAGCAGCAGCAGCCAGCAGCAGCGCAGCAGCAGCAUCAGCAGCAGCAGCAGCAGCAGCAGCAGCAGCAGCAGCAGCAGCAGCAGCAGCAGCAGCAGCAGCAGCAGCAGCAAGCAGCAGCAGCAGCAGCAGCAGCAGCAGGCAGCAGCAGCAGCAGCAGCAGCAAGCAGCAGCAGCAGCAGCAGCAGCAGCAGCAGCAGCAGCAGCAGAGCAGCAGCAGCAGCAGCAGCAGCCAGCAGCAGCAGCAGCAGCAGCCAGCAGCAGCACAGCAGCAGCAGCAGCAGCAGCAGCAGCAGCAGCAGCAGCAGCAGCAGCAGCAGCAGCAGCAGCAGCAGCAGCAGCAGCAGCAGCAGCAGCAGCAGCAGCAGCAGCAGCAGCAGACGCUGACUCAGGCGCAGCAGCAGCAGCAGCGGCAACAGGCGCAGCAGCAGCAGCGGCAUGUGGAUCAGCAGCAGGUGCAGCAACUAGUGCGAGAGCAGGAGCAUGAACGGGUUCAAGGUGGAGGGAGUGGCGGGGGGGAGCGGGGCCAAGACACAGCACAUGCGCUCUCAGCUGCUGCAGCUGCUGCAGUGCAGACACCAGCAGCAGUGGUUGCAUCACAAAUAUCAGCAUCAGCAUCAGGACCCAUGAAAGGAAUACCAGUAGCAGCAAGCCUGGCCAACGGCAUGGGGUCGAAUGCACCGGAGCCAAAGGGAUCCAUGUCUGUGCCACAGGGGCUGGACCGGCAAGGUGUAGUAGGGCGGGCAGGAGCAGGGGCAGCAGGGCGAACAGGGGCAGCAGAGAGAGUUGGGGGCGCAUGGAGGGGAGGUACAGGAGCAGCAGGGCGGGCAGGCACAGGAGCAGGAGCAAGGGGAAGGAGUCGCAGUGUGUCCCCGGCAUCCCGUCGCAGCAGAGUGGAUGAGAGGGAGUUUGAGCUGGCCUUCUCACACCUGCAGGUGUCCUGGACCAAGGGGUAG